GCUGUUAUUUAUUUGCUUGUCAGAAAUGCAUACUUCCGUUCCCACUCUCCGGAUUCCGUGGCCGGGUAUUUGCUUCAACCCGAUCCAUGUUGUUUCUUUCCUACACAGAUACAGAAGCGAGUUUCUCCUGGCAGCUGUGCUGCGAUUCCCAGUGUGUGUAUUAACACAGAGAAGAAGAUGGCUGAUUUUGGGGACGAUACCGGUGCCCGGGCCCUGCUGGCUCUCAAAUCUGCGCCGUGCAGCCCGAUUCGCGUAGCGGCCGCGCCCGUAUACCCACUCCUCUCAAAUUCGGCCGGCAUGCCCCUCUCGCCUCCUCUGCGGGCCCUGGCGCGGCUGGAAGGCCGGGACUUCGAGUUUGUUAUGCGGCAGAGGACGGUGACUGUGGGUCGAAACUCCUCACACGGCUCUGUGGACGUGAACAUGGGCCAUUCGAGCUUCAUCUCACGGCGGCACUUACAGAUUGCGUUUGACGAGCCGCAUUUUUACCUGCGUUGUCUUGGGAAGAACGGCGUGUUUGUGGACGGAGGGUUUCAAAGGAGAGGGGCUCCUCCACUUCAGCUACCCCGAGAGUGUACAUUUCGAUUCCCCAGCACUAUCAUUAAGAUCCAGUUCACCACGCUGUAUCACAGAGUGGAAGUGAAAGAGGAGGCGCCCUUGUCCCCUAUGCGACCCCUGUUCCCCCAGAUCUCUCCUCUAAAAAUCAACAUUCCCGAUCCAGACUUCAGGAGCAUGAUCAGCCCUUUGCCUUCCCCAACGGGCACCAUCAGUGUUCCCAAUUCCUGUCCGGUCAGCCCGCGGGGCGCUGGAUCUUCAGGAUAUCGGUUCGGACGCAAUAUUACCUCAGACUUGCAGCUGGCCGCGGAAUUCGCUGCAAAGGCUGUGUCAGAACAGCAGGCUGAGACGUCAGGAGGUGACAGCCCCAAGGAUGAUUCAAAGCCUCCUUACUCAUACGCGCAGCUCAUCGUUCAAGCGAUCUCUUCGGCUCAGGACAGACAGUUAACACUAAGUGGGAUCUACGCCCACAUCACCAAACAUUACCCCUAUUACAGGACUGCGGAUAAAGGCUGGCAGAACUCCAUCCGGCACAACCUGUCUCUGAACCGCUACUUCAUCAAAGUGGCGCGCUCCCAGGAGGAGCCGGGGAAAGGGUCCUUCUGGAGGAUCGACCCCUCCUCUGAGGCCAAGCUGGUGGAGCAAGCUUUCCGCAAGCGCCGGCAGAGAGGCGUGUCCUGCUUCCGCACCCCCUUCGGCCCCCUCUCCUCCAGGAGCGCCCCUGCCUCGCCGACCCACCCCGGCCUCCUCUCACCUCACUCUAGCGGCCUGCAGACUCCCGAGUGCCUGUCUCGAGAGGGCUCUCCUGUCCCCCACGACCACGACUUUGGGUCCAAGCUGGCCUCUGUCCCCGAGUACCGGUACACCCAGAGCGCUCCAGGCUCUCCGGUGAGUGCCCAGCCGGUCAUCAUGGCAGUUCCACCCCAGCAGUCCACUGUAGUAAGCAAGCCGUUGACCUACAUGCCUGCCUCCUUGAUAACCUCCCAGCGGCCAUCAGGCCAUGCCAUUCACGUUGUCCAGCAAGCACCGACGGUGACUAUGGUCCGAGUGGUGACUACGUCAGCCAACUCCUCCAAUGGAUACAUCCUAGCCAAUGCAAACCAUGCUGGCUCCAUGCAGGGAGGAGAGAAUGUAGGGGAGGCAAAAGGCCUGGCCGAUGAGAGACCUGUGGUAACGUACACAACGAUUCCAACUGCCAGCCGGGUGAUCCAGGCAGUCAGCAGCCACAUGAGCCAGGGCUCCGGGGGACAAACGUUUACCUUCGUCCAGCAGGCAGCGCCCAUCGCCCUGGGCCAGCACCAGCUCCCUGUGCGGGCGAUCACACAGAACGGGAAGCACGCAUUCCCCAUGACCAGCGUUGCUGGAAAUGCAUACACCAUCACAAAUCCACUUCAGAUCUUAGCUGCCCAGGCCAGCACCUCCACCCCUGUCAUGGUGAGCAAGCCCCCCAGUGCAGAGGCUGAGCAGCCUGCUUCUUCCUUAGGUGAGCCUGAGGCUAAGAGGCCCAGGAACGAGGAUGGAAGUGGGGCCGCUGUUCCUCGGCCUGUUAUCGUGGCAGUGGCACCGCAGCCGCAGGAUGACCAUGAAUAAGGAAGCACACGCCCGAAUAAAUGGAAAAUAUCUUUUAGUUUGUUCCACAGUACCAGAAACCCAGGGUGCCAAAAAUAAUGGAGAAAAAAAUGAUGUCUGUUAUCGUGAACUUUUAAAUAUUGGAGGGACAGUUGAUUGUAUUUUUAUCUGGGGUGGGGAAGUUACUAUGUGUAAUGUAACCAGUUCUGAGCUUAAAACAAUGCAUAUAUCCAACAAGCCUUAAAAUAGGGAUGGGGGGGGGUUCCACUGGGUUGGACUUAUUCCUGUAAGUUCUCAAAGUAAGAGCAUUAAUGAAGCAAUUAAAAGAAGCCCUUGAUAUAAUGAAAUGUAAUGUAUGUUGGGUCAGGGUGGGACCAAAAAAUACGCAGCUAUCUUAUCAAAAGACAUAAAGUCGGUUUUCAUGAAUACAAGCAUUAUGUUUUUGUAUGUGGCAGGGCAUGUGGGGGGCAGGGGGGUCUUAUAUCGGUAUUGUGAACAGUGAUCUAUUUAUCUCGGUUUUUAUUUCUUAUUUAACUUGAGCACCUUGGCCACAUUUUUUUUUAAUAGAUGAUUUAGAUAUAAAAGAAGGAAUAAGACAAAUUGUUCAAAAUAAUAAGGGACAGGGUUAAAUCCUUUCAUUGAGCCUGGAAAAAAAAUCAAUUCAGAAUUCGCAACACCGAGUAUUAUACAAAUACCGACAUAAACAUUUUUAUUUUAUAUUAUAUAUGUCACAUUUUGAGAUUUUGUUUAGUAUUUCAUAGUCAAAAUAUAAUAUACUUGUUGAAUGUAAAAACCUAGCUUUUUUAUUUAUAAUGUCGACACCCUAUUUUUGGUGCAGGUACUUGCACAGUUGUUAUUGAAAGCAUUGUGUCCAGACAAACUACUUCGUAUUGUUGUGUUUUUUUUUUGUUUUGUUUUUUUUUUUUUUAAAUAGCAGCUUAGAAAUCUGGGAGUUUGUAUUGUAUGAAAUAGGUCCAGGAGCACACGGCCUACACCAUGUCAGUGAACCGGGGAAUAAGAGUCUGUAUGCUUGUCAAUAUUGUGAAGCAAAUGCAGCAGAUAAACUAUUAAGGCGGAGAAUCAAAGGGUAUAAACCAGAGUGUAGGGGAGUCCGACUGGAGUCUAAUGACACGCAAAACAGUGUUCCUAAAAGGGUUCUAUAAGUUGGCACUAAUCUUGUAAUAGUUUAUAAUGGGUAGGUUUAUGUAGGUUGUUGUUUUUUCCUUCAGUGUUGUAGUAAGAGAGAGAGAGUGUUAAUUCUGCCUGAUUUUUUAGAUGACAAAAUCCAUCUCAUUAAAAGUCUUUUAUACAACGGUUUUUAACACUUGCACAGUGGUUUUGUAAAACCUGGACUGUGACGUGAUCCCCGAACAGUGCAUAGAAAUAACGGGGGGGGGGGGGGAGGGGGAGGGGUGUAAGCAAUAGCCCUUUUAUAAAUAAUACUAAAGGCAGUGAGGUCAGGAUCUGCAGUCGUAUGAAAGAAUGUGUAUAUAGUCACUGAGGAAAAACAUGUCUAAAAUAAAAAAACAAUGGGAAUAACCAUUAAUUUUUGUAACCUGUAGUUAAGGGUUGCUAGUGUAAGGAGUUAUAAUACAUUAUCUAAUGUAAGCAAAUAUGAAAAAUGUUAAAUCGGUGGUAACUAAUAGUGCUAGAUACUAGCAUUGCUUAAAGACAGCAGUAAAGCAUAUUCAAAAACAUUUUUUUCCUUUUUUUUUUAUUUUUAUUUUUUUUAAAGAUAUAAUUCUCCACAUGUGAAUUUUGCAGAAACAAGUGCCUUAAAACUCAAGCACAUUAUCCUACACAACCAAAUGUCGGCUUUGAAUAGACAGUAUUGUAAGAUCGGGAGGGCGGGGGCAGCUUAGGUAUUAUUGCAGAACAUUUUCCAAAAAGUCAUGUUUCUUUUGGCAUCUAAAGUUCUAAAUAUAUUUCUCUCCCUGUAGUGAACAGUUAGAGGAUGAAGACUGUCUUUUAAUCUGUUAACAAAGGCCUCAGAAAUUGCACCAAAGCUAUAAAUAUCACAGUAUGUUUCAGCUCUAUUGUAACCGUCAAGAUUAAAAUCUGCACUGUUUUUUUUUUUUUUUUUUUUCUUAUUGAACCUUUACAAAAAGGGAUUUUUAAAGAACACAUACAUAUAUACACCCUUUUUCCCCCGUCAAGAACGCUUUUGCUAAAUGAAUUUCCUUGUGUUUUAUUUUAUAGAGAGGGGCUUUCCUUUAACGUAGUGCAUAAGAGUUUAUAGAGCAUUUCCCAGUGACCAGCACUCAGAUACUAGCUAUAUAGGAUAGCUACCACUAACUGUUUUUAUGGCUGAAGGUUUUUCAUGAAUGCUCAGACCCCAUUUAUUCAAUUACUUUGUAUUGGGUAUCCUUAGUAACAAGUAGCCAAAAACAGGUCGUGUGACACAGUCCUUGAGGCAAAGCAAAGAGAAGAAACAUCCCUGUGAAAACCCUGAAGUUGGUUUCUUUUUUAAACGUAGCCAUUGAACUGCUUCUGGGUGUUGGUGUGUUAAUGACAGGUGGAGGUUCAGUUGUACAUUGUGUGGAGGGCUUUAGAUACAGCAAUUACCGUGAAUAUUUUUUUUUUUUCUCUUUUUAUGAGCUGCUCUUGUAGUCUGUUUGACAGCGACCCAGAUUGAGUCAUACAUCUCUCUCUCUUUCUCUCACAAACACGCACACAUCCCUUGCUCCCAGUAAAUAGUUAAGAUUUUUUCUGCUGAUGACUGUGUAGAGAUGGCUUGUGGUCAAGGUGGGAAACCCCUUGGAUCUAAACCCAGUUGACUUUAACCAUACAGCAUCUCUUUUUUUAUGUGGUUGGUAACCUGCUGUGUUAAAAACCACACUGUCUGUUUCCACCCACGUUUCCCCUGGCUGGUUCAUUUUCUUAAGGUAGGACGGGCUGGAUUUUUUUCAUUUGCAUCUUUACGUUAAAUGGCCCAGCUUAAUUGAGAUGCAAUAUGAAAGGCGCUAUAUAAAAAUAGAUAUCAUAUAUUAUAUAUGUCAUUUUAAAAGUAAAAAUGAAAACAAAAAGUGGUUAGAUUAAUUAAAAAGUCAAUGAAUUAGUCACAGAGAUGGAAAUAAGAAUGCCACUAGCCACAUGAGCCAUGUCCAGGUUCUAGUAUUAACUAAAGGGUGAGUAAUCAAGAAAACCGUUGAGAGCAUCAAACUGCGAUCCAGUGGUGUCAAGCCUCUAUUACCUCAUUUUGGUCAGAAAUUUAGUUUUAACCAAAAAAAAAUAAAAAGAAGAUAUGACAUGCUUUAUACCGUUACAUUUGUUAUAUGGACCGUUUUCGUGAUGUCCAGGCUAGAGAUGUGUGAAUGUUGUUUUGAAAAAACGGAACGCGUCCAUGCGGUGGUCUUUUGGCUAAUUUCUUUUUCCCCUCCUCAGAGCCCAGAUCUGGUGCAGCUGUAAUGCCUGUACAUUCUUAUAGAGAUAUCAUAUUUCUUAGAAGCAGCUCAGACUAUAAAAUGUGCUGUAGAUCUUGGCUGCACUGAUAAAACAAUAUGCUGCUUAUUUGCAUUGCCACUGGUUUACAUGGCAUUCAUAGAAAAACAAAGUACUAGCAUGGGAGAACAGAAGUUAAAUUCAAUUGAAUAUUAACAGAAACCUCUUCCAUUUGUUCAUCUUCCAUGUUAACACAGGCUUUAGAGCAAUGGACCUUUAGCAUUCAGCCUUUUUUGUCUGUCAUACCGUUGAACGUAUUGUCUAACUCUGCUGUAGACGAUAUUGCUAUUUGUCCUCAGUGCAUUUCAAAAUCAGUCAUCAUGACGAAAGGUUUUAUAUCUGGAAAUUUCCAUUGUGCAUUUUAUUCCUCAAAUCUAACUGAACAAAUAAAGUUAGUGCUUUAAGAAAACAGUUUGUUUUGUAUUUGACAGCUAGAUGUCAGCUUACCUUUUAUAGUAAAAUAUCAGUGGAGUUUAUAUACCAUCGUUGUUUUUGUGCUAUGACUUUGCAUUUAAUAAAAAAAAUAAAAAAAAAAAAACAUUCACUGAGUGUUGAGACAAGCUAUAUAUCCUCCUGUCACCUUGUGGUUAUCAAAAACAGAACACGUAAUAACUGAUGUAAUUAAAAAAAAAAAAAAUUAAAAAAAAUUAAAAAACCCUGUUUAGGCAGCCUGGAUUAAGAGUUCAACAGUUAUGUGUUUUGUAUAAAAAAAAAAAAAAAAAAAAACCUGUGGAAUAGAAAUAUACAACAAUAAAUUCAGCAAGAGAUGAAUAUUCCUUCCAAAAAAAGAAAAACAAGAUUUUCUCAAAAUGAAAGCUGUCACUGGUCAGGCAGUUUGGCACUUAUUGCGUAACCAAUGAUAGCUGAUUUAAGCUUCCAAAACAAAUGUGCAGCUAACGUGGGGUUGGUUACUUUAGUAUUACUGUAGGUAGUCAAAGAUGCAGCACCUCUUCAUAAGGCACCAAGAGGGUGGGUUCCUUAUAAACCUAAAUCCCUCUUGCACACAUAAAAAUGUGGAUCUAGACAUUCUUGCAGCAAUUGGAUCAGCUUUGCUAUUGGUCCUGUGUUGUAUAUUGGCACUGUGCGCACGACAAUCCUCCAGAUUCCUCGGCAGCAUUUACAGUACAGUACAUUCUUCUGGAAAUGCCCAGGCUCUGGGGAAAUAUCAAUGUGACAGGUUUCAUUGGAAUGAAAAAGCAUUAAAACACAUGGCCCUGCAUGAAUCCUAUUGAAACAGGGCAAUAUCAAGAAAGAAAAAUCUUUGCAGUGCAAUUUGUAUGUUGAUGUUCCAAAGAAAAAGAUCAUGCAGACAGCAGUUAGUCCUAAAAUCCUUUGUUCCCCAAUCAAGGAUACAGGUGUGGAUUUCUUUGCUUUAUAAUGUACAGGGAAAGGGACUUUUAGAUGGUAUUUACUUGAACAAGCAUCAGCAGCUCACUGACCAGGAUAAACCAGUGUUAGUCAUUUUAAAAUCGAUAUCUUUCAUACACUCAAUCAUAAACUUGAAUUUAAAACUUAAGAGAAAAGUAGACAAUCCUUGAUAAAGGCACUAUCCAAAACAUUUUGUCUGCAUGACUUUUUAGAACUUUUACAUUUGCCGUAAUUUUUUUUUGUACUUUUUCAGUGUGAUUCAUGUUUUUGUAACCGGCUGGAUAUAUGUUAAUUCCCUUUAAAUUAUUUGAUUGGGAUUUUAAUUGAAUUCUAACCAUUUCUGCAAUUUUGCAUGCAUCGGUCACAUUGAUCCUUGUUACAAAGUAUUUCUGCAUUACAAAAUGGUAAACCCCUAAUAAUAAUACUGUAAUAAAAAAGAUAUUUGCCACAGUGCCAACAAUAAAAGCAUUUUUAACCACACGCCAGCGUUGGGUUUACUGCUUUUUAAAAUGUAUGUUCACAAACGUUCAUGUUUUCAUUUUGUUUUAUUUGGUGAUUUUAAUCUGAAAGCUUCAAUGUAAGGUUUAUACUGUACGCAUACCAGAAGUUGUUUUCUGGCAAAAGGAUUAUUGCAGGCACUGUGCUGUCACUUUUAGAACUGGCCUAUCUUUAGGGGGAGCAAAACUGCUUUGUAUUAGUUCUAGAAUGUGAUUUGUAUAAAGACAAUACAGUGUUCUAGAAAGAGUUCAUUGUUAAGGCUGCAAGAGGAUGUUCUAAAGUGUUAUUUUGUGUUGCUAUUUUUUUUUUUUCUGUUGAUGUUAUCUGUUAUAAAAAAUUAGGCUGAUGUACAGGAGCUACUACAAGUCGCCUUGGAAUGUCAGUUUCUAUCACCAGUAAAGGAAAAAAAAAAAUGUAUCUAUUAAAUAAUUUGAAAAAUGUU